AUGGACUCCCCUGAGUUCUGGUGUGGGAUUGAUUUCAAGAUACGAACUGUUGAGCUUGAUGGAAAACGUAUCAAGCUCCAAAUUUGGGAUACAGCUGGUCAAGAACGUUUCCGAACAAUCACGACAGCUUACUAUCGUGGCGCAAUGGGUAUAUUGCUAGUCUAUGAUGUCACAGAUGAGUCCUCAUUUAACAGUAAGAGUUAUGCAUCUCCUACCUCCCCAAACUAUUGCAACGAAGUGGUUUCCUUUUCUGACAUUAGGAAUUGGAUUAGAAACAUUGAACAACAUGCUUCUGACAAUGUCAACAAGAUAUUGGUAGGGAACAAAGCUGACAUGGACGAAAGCAAAAGGGUUAAUCUCGAAACACCAAAUUUCCCUUUGCAAAAAGUUGACAUCAAGGCAGUUGCUGCAAAAGUUCUGCUGUUCAACUUGUUGGCCGUGCCUACUUCCAAGGGUCAAGCACUUGCAGAUGAGUAUGGAAUUAAAUUCUUUGAAACUAGUGCUAAGACGAAUCUUAAUGUGGAAGAAGUUUUCUUUUCAAUAGCUAGGGAUAUAAAGCAAAGGCUUUCAGAAGUUGACACCAGAGCAGAACCAACAACGAUCAGAAUUAAUCAGCCUGAAGGUGGUGCUGGAGGUAGCCAACCUGCCCAGAGGUCAGCCUGCUGUGGUUCUUGAAUACUUCAAGGAUUAAGGACAGAUAAAUUGGGCACUACAGGUUUGGGAAGUGAAAAAGGGGGGAAAAAUGCGGUUGUGGUGGAAAUAUAUUAUUACUUUAUUUUGUCCUUCAGGAACUUCUUUUUGUGUAUUGGUAAGGCUAUCAUUGUGGAUGUUGAAUUUGUGUUUUGCAUUUUGCUUUAGUUUUCUUCUCCAUUUGAAGUCUUCUAAAAUUUGAAUAUCCAUAUAGGCUUAAUAUUUUCUCUAUAUUCAGUAGUGGUAGUGAUUGGUAGAUAUAAAAUCUAAGGGUGGGAUCGGUCCGGUUAUCAUCCAAAUUUGGAAGAACCGACACCUAAUACAUAUCUAAAUUUUCGGUUUGGUUACUGUGUAAUUUUUAUCAAGAACCAAAGUGGAACCGAACUGACCAAUUUCGGUUAGGUUCCUCCAGUUCUUUAGUUAACCGAAUGCAACAAAAAAAUUGAUAUUAA